AUGUGGGUGGAUGGAUGGAAUGAUGGAAGUGAGUGUCUGGGCCAACUCUUCUUCCUGCACUUCUUGGGCUGCACCGAGAUAUUCCUCCUCACCACCACGACCUACGACCGCUACGUGGCCAUCUGCCAGCCUCUGCACUACACGACCAUCAUGGUCUGCCGCAUUUGUGCCGGGCUGGUGGCUGGCUCCUGGAUGGGGGCCCUGGCCCACUCUUUGGUACAGAUCCUACUGGCUGCCACAUUGCCCUACUAUGGCCCCAACCGCAUCGACCGCUAUUUCUGUGAUGUAGCCCCACUGCUAGGCAUUGCCUGCACUGACACGUCUCUAAUGGAGAUCCUGGUGGUGUCCAACACCGAGGCCCUCUCCCUGGGCUGCUUCCUGGUGUUGCUGGUCUUCUAUGGGGACAUCUUGGCCUCCCUGUGGCGCCGCUCUGCUGAGGGCAGGCGCAAGGCCCUGUCUACCUGCAUGGCCCAUCUGAUGGUGGUGGCCAUCUUUUUUGGACCUUGCAUCUUCAUCUACACUCGGCCCUUCUCCACCAUCCCGGCUGACAAGGUGGUGUCGCUGCUGGCCACAGUGGUGACACCCCUGCUCAACCCACUGAUUUAUACCCUGAGGAACACAGAGAUGAAGAGAGCCAUGAGGCAGCUGUGGGGCAAGCAAAUGGUCUCUGAUGACUCCAGCACAGCUCCCUUUAGCACCCCGAGGUGGCUCUGGAGUCAGUGCUCAUUCUGA